AUGGGAAGAGAGAUCGACUGGGAAGAUUUUGAAACGGAUUUUGAGUGGAAAUACUUCUCACCUAAAGCAAAAGACUGGCUGGAGAUUCAAUUCUGGGAGUUAACUCAAGGCAACCGGAAAGUCAGGGAGUAUGAGGCGGAGUUUACAAAGCUAAGGAAAUAUUCUCCUUAUGGAGCAAGGAACGAGGGUACACUAAUUCGAAGGUUUAUAAGAGGAUUGCGAGCGGAUUUGGCUAGCCGACUGCAAGUAGUAAAGUUUCAUAGCCUUUAUGAAUUGGCAGAGAUAGCGGUAAAUGUUCAAGAAGGUAUGGAAAAAGAGCAAGCCAUGAUGAAGCAUUCAGAGCCAUCUCGCAGAACUGAAGGGCUAGGAAUACGAAGAAUGAAUAAUAAAGGACAAUUUAAUCGAGGGAGAAGCCGAGGAAGAAGGAAUGACAGACGGUUUGGGAAUGGCCCAAAUGUGUGUUACACUUGUGGUGGUACAAGCCAUUUUUCUAGCAGUUGUCCUUAUAGUCAAGGAAGGAAGGCUCCUGAUUAUAUUACUUGCUUCUCGUGUGGUGAGAAAGGGUAUUAUGCCAACAGUUGCCCCCAUAAUAGACAGGUUACAUUUCCAGCACCACCCACUAUACUAGCGAUUGAACCAGCUCCGAAGCGCCAGGCAGUUGGAAAGCAAGUGAAUGCUUUAGAGUUAGGAAAGCCCGAGCCGCAACAGCCCCACCAGGGCCCGAUCACAGGAACAUUGUGUGUUGGUGGAGUUUAUGUGCAUGCUCUCUUCGACUCGGGUGCCACACACAGCUUUGUGAUACCUGAGGUAGUGUCUAGUUUUAAGGGAACCUUUACUAGAGUAAAGGUAGGUGUUUUGAUUAGAACCCCUAGGAACCGUAACCUUCAUGCCGAUAGUUGUGUACUUGGAAUUCCAAUCCAUGUGGGAUCAAUGGUAUAUCCGGCAGACCUUCUAGUUGUUCCUUUAGCACAACACGAAGUGAUUUUGGGAAUGGACUGGCUGCCGAGAUACUACGCGCAGUUGGAUUGUGGUCGAGGAAGAAUUACACUUGAAAAAAGAGGACAACCAUCAACGACAUACUAUGGGAUAUGUCCAAGUUCUGGAGUAUCACUUGUAUCUGCUUUAAGAGUUAAGAAGGAUUUGAUCAAGGGCGAAGUAUAUUUGCUAACUCUGACUAUCCUUGUAGAAGACUUGAAAGAAGGGACGCAGUUGGAAUGA